GUCUAUGGUGUGUCAACGUCCUCUACACUAUGCUGUAUAAAAUAAACUCUCCGCCCCAACAGCUGAGUUGUCCAACCAUAUGUUAUAUAUUCUAAGACGCUGCAACAGCCACACUAACCUGCAAUUGUUUUAGCAAAGCAACACUUAAGAGGCAGUUAUUGACCGACGGUAGGUGGGUGCAACGCCUGAACGCUGCAACUUCGUGGCUGGUUAACGGGGCCACUUUGGUGACUCACUGCUGAAUCUGAUUGAGGAGCUACUGUUCAACCAGCCGAACAGCAACACUAAGAUCAGCAGAUUUAAAAUGGUGCAAAACAAAACAACAGAAAUCAUGGGAUUCCACAACACUCUUAAGAGUGAAAACCAUUUUGAGAUGGAUAAAUUCAUCAAAAGGGAGUCCCAUCUGCGCAAAGAUUUAUUUGAUUUAAGUUGCCCACCAAGACCUGAUAUGUCGUCCAGCCAACCUAUAGACAUCCCAAACGCCAAGAAGAGAAACAAGAAGAAAAAAAGGUGCAGAGCCACGGAUAGCUUCACGGGACGCUUUGAAGAUGUUUACAGGAUACAUGAUGAGGUUCUUGGAGAAGGAGCUUAUGCAGUUGUGCAGGCGUGCACCAAUCUGGUCACCGGCAAAGAAUAUGCGGUUAAGAUCAUAGAGAAGAGGCCAGGGCACAGCCGGAGCCGGGUGUUUAGAGAAGUGGAGAUGCUUUAUCAGUGCCAAGGCCAUAGAAAUAUUCUGGAACUGGUUGAGUUCUUUGAAGAAGAUGAGAAAUUCUACUUGGUGUUUGAGAAAUUGAGAGGAGGUUCUGUGUUGACGCACAUUCACAGGAGACAGCAUUUCGGUGAACAGGAAGCUAGCAUCGUGGUACAGGACAUCGCCAGUGCUCUGGACUUCCUACACAGCAAAGGAAUGGCGCAUCGGGACCUUAAGCCAGAGAACAUCCUUUGUGAGCACAGUGACAGGAUUUCUCCAGUGAAGAUCUGCGACUUUGACCUGGGCAGUGGGAUCAAACUGAACGACGACCGCUCACCCAUCUCCACUCCCGGCCUCCUGACUCCAUGUGGCUCAGCUGAGUACAUGGCCCCUGAGGUUGUAGAGGCCUUCAGUGAGGAGGCCAGCAUCUACGACAAGCGCUGUGACCUCUGGAGCCUGGGGGUCAUCCUUUACAUCAUGCUGAGUGGAUACCCACCCUUUGUGGGCCACUGCGGGACUGACUGCGGCUGGGACUGGGGAGAGCCCUGCUACGCCUGUCAGCACAUGCUAUUUGAUAGCAUUCAGGAAGGAAAGUAUGAGUUUCCAGAGAAAGACUGGGCUCACAUCUCCCCUGCAGCCAAAGAUCUGAUUUCCAAGCUGUUGGUGCGGGAUGCCAAGAGUCGGCUGAGUGCAGCACAGGUGCUGCAGCACCCAUGGGUACAAGGGUCUGCUUCAAAUGCAGUGAUGACAUCCAUCCGGCACCAAAGGGGUGGUAGUGCCCAGGACCUGACGUUCUUCGCUAGUCAGGCAGUGGCCAUGAACAGGCAGCUGGGCGAGCAGGACGAAAGCACGGCGCAGGAAGACAAGGCGGGCCUGUCCUCUUCACCUUCCCCCUCUUCCUCCCCCUUCUCUCCCCUGCUCCUCCCUGGGAGCCUCAGCUCCAUUCCUCUGUUGGUGCUCUCCAAGUCACGGCUGGCCCAGCAGCGUCGGACGAACAGCCAGCCCCGGGGUCCUGUGUGUGCCACCGAGCUGCAGCAGCUCCUCGCUCCACUGGUUGUCGUGGGAGACUGUGCCUGACCACCACGUCCCACUAUAAACAUGCACACACACAUCCCACCCCUUCAUGUGCAAAGCCAUUACUGGACACUCCAGCUGGCAGUCAGUUAAACCUUCAGGCUUAGUUGCAUCGUAGCAGAGGUGGGGAUAUUGGAAGCUCAUGGCCAGAGGGACCUAGAUAGUUGUAAUACUUACCCAAAGCAUAGAUCUCGGACUGCUGUGGUAGUGUCAGUCUUGGAAUGAGACGGGAGUGAACCUGUCUGACGAUGUUGGAGUCUGGGUUCUUGAAGUCUGUUAAAGACAAAAAGCUUCAGAAACAUGCUGAGAAACCAAAGGUGCACAUGUAGCACUGCUUCCUUGUGUGUUUGACUGGAUUCUAUGUCUGCCCAGCAGAACUGUUGUGCUUAUGCGACCUUUGAGACCUGUAUCUUAUUUGUUCUUCCCUAGACAGGGAUGCAGGCCGACCACAUUGGUCAAGUUAAUCACUUCUUUUUUUGAUGUUUUUGAAAUGGAAAACUGAAAUCUGUUAUCCAGGUAAAUGGUUAUCCAGGGAAGAUGGUACAAAUUGUAUCUUUUAUAGCAUCUUAUGGGUUUUUUAAUUUACAUGUUGCAUAUGAAUCAAGUGUCCGUCAUUGCAGCAGAUACUGCCAUGUUUUCAAUUGCUGCCUCAGGGCCUCUAAGAGGAGCUAAAUCCAGAUUUAAGGUGUAUGGAGGAAUUAUGACAUUUGGAGCACAACUUUUGUUUUUGUGUAGUUUCUUUGGGUUUCAAAGUCCAAUUGUUGCUCUUUUUGUGUUUGCUGCUUUCAAAAAGGCUGGACAAAAAGGUACUCCCCUGACUUCUGGUCUAGCCAGACCACUGUGGGCACUGAUUGCAUGAUUGGAUCUUUACCCCUCUGCUGGGCUGCCUUUAAUUUUAGAUUAACCUUCCCUUCAGUUUCUUUUGCAGAUCAGUCAUUAUUAAGCAUUCAGUGAUUGAAAUGCACAUACAUGAAGGAGUUGGGGAGCGCUCCAGCAAUAAUGCACAUUGAUUUCCUUUUGAAAUGAGCUGCAGCUUAUACCAAGCAACACAAUUGGCACACUAAGCAGAAAGUCUGCAUGUCACUGUUUUAAUUGACAUUGACCAAGUUGAAUACUGCAAUAAUUAAAAUGCUUAACACCAUGGGAUUUCAUUCUGGACUCCAUUACCUGUUUGUAUUUGAGCACUUUGAAUAUGGUGUUUGAGAGAGUGAUUUUUAAAGCCAAAACUCAGUUAAUGUUUUCUGCAUAGAUGAACACCCAUAUUUGUGCCCAUGGUGUGUGUUCUCUCUUCCUUACUCCUGUCUUCACCAGCAUUUCUGUUUAUAUGUUUAUCUUUUAUUUGUUUUUAAAUGGUUCAGUUUAUUGGACAUGUGGGGGCAAAGAGCCUAAAAUGUUAUGGUUUUUACAUUUUUUGCUGUUUUCUUCAGAGUGUAAGUACUUUUGAGCGAGGACAGUUUGAACAGAACGCUUGUUUUUGUUUACUUUGCAUAGUUGAGAUGUCUGCAUAUAUCUUAAUGUUUGACAAUGCUUUUACAUUUUAUCUUGUUUGAUGAUGAUGAUGAUGAUGAUGAUGAUCCAGAAAACACUGAGCAUCAAACGUUGCACAGCCUGACACUGGCUGACCAGCCUGAUGAAAAUGUCAGCACUUGGCCUGUGGAGGCCCUGAAGGCUCCUCUGCCUCUUGAAGGGCUGUGCCACUGCACUUACUGCUGCCUUGUGAUGUUUUAACAGAUGUUCCAUUUUAUUAAGCAUUUUGUCUUAUAAUAAGACUCUUAUGCAUAAAUGGUUGUCCUCAUGGUUUUUGAGGAACUGGC